CCAUAUCCGAGGCUUUGUUCAUCGAGAGCAACUGCUACAAAAAGCCGAGGAGCGGACUUCGCGUUUCCAUCCGUCUCCAUCACUCCCUCUCGUCUCCUCCUCUGCUCUCCUCUCGUGGUUCCAAAGGAAGGCUUUUUAUCGUGCAGGCUUCGUGUUCUCUGCUUCUCUGUGAUUUGAACGAUGGGCGAAGCCGGUACGAUUGCAAAGGACAUCACUGAAUUAAUUGGUAGAACUCCUUUGGUCUACCUCAACAAUGUCACCACUGGCUGCGUGGCUCAUGUUGCUGCCAAGUUGGAGGGCAUGGAGCCCUGCUCCAGUGUCAAGGACAGGAUUGGGUACAGUAUGAUUGCUGAUGCCGAGGAGAGAGGGCUUAUCCAACCUGGGAAGAGCGUCCUGAUUGAACCUACUAGUGGCAACACUGGAAUAGGGCUGGCCUUCAUAGCUGCUGCAAAGGGUUACAAGCUUGCGAUAACAAUGCCGGCCUCGAUGAGCCUCGAAAGGAGGACCAUUCUUAAAGCUUUUGGUGCUGAAUUAUUCCUGACUGAUCCUAGUUUGGGUGUGAAAGGAGCUGUUAAGAAGGCAGAAGAGUUGGCUGCAAAAACACCAAAUUCAUAUAUCCUUCAACAAUUUGAAAAUCCAGCAAAUCCAAAGAUUCAUUAUGAGACAACUGGACCUGAGAUAUGGAAAGGAACAGGUGGUAAAGUUGAUGCUCUGGUGUCUGGUAUUGGAACUGGGGGUACAAUUACUGGAGCAGGGAGAUAUCUGAAAGAGCAAAAUCCAGACAUCAAGUUGUAUGGAGUGGAGCCAGUUGAAAGUGCUGUGUUAUCUGGAGGGAAACCUGGACCACAUAAAAUUCAGGGAAUAGGAGCUGGUUUUGUUCCUGUUGUUCUUAAUGUGGAUCUAAUCGAUGAAACUAUCCAAAUUUCAAGUGAUGAAGCUGUUGAGACAGCAAAGCUUCUUGCUUUGAAAGAAGGGUUGCUGGUUGGAAUUUCAUCUGGGGCUGCUGCUGCUGCUGCUAUCAAACUUGCACAGAGACCAGAAAAUGAGGGAAAGCUGAUUGUUGUUGUUUUCCCAAGUUUCGGAGAACGCUAUCUUUCCUCUGUGCUUUUCGAGUCAAUCAAGAAAGAAGCUGAAUCCAUGACCUUUGAGCCCUGAGAAAUAUAUUUGAUUGUUUUUGCGUCGAUCCCCGUCUUGUAAACCUUCAUUAUCUCUGUCUUGAUAAAUGUUUGAUUUCAAAGUGUGGUAAUAGUGGUUUUAUGUUUGGAGAGCCUGCUCUAGGACUGUAUCUCAUUGGCACAUACCGAUAUGUUAGCUAUUGUUGAAUGGAUAUGAUUUUUAUGGGGAGAUUAUUUACAAAA